AUGGCAGCGCAUCGUGCUGCUGCCUACAUGGUUGCAGCGGCGGCGUUGGUCCUUGGCGUGCUCGCAGCCAUUCCGGCAGCGGUGCAGUCCAUCGGCGUGUGCUACGGCGUGAACGGCAACGGGCUACCCUCUGCGAGCGACGUUGUGCAGCUCUACCUGUCUAACGGCAUCUCCGGCAUGCGCAUCUACUCCCCCGACGGGGCCAACCGCGACACGCUCCAGGCCCUGAGAGGCAGCGACAUCGACGUCAUCCUCGACGUCGGCAACGGCCAUCUCGCUGACCUCGCCGCUUGCGGCGCCAACGCAGACUCCUGGGUCCAGGCCAAUGUAAAGCCUUACAAGGACGUCAAAAUUAAGUACAUCGUGGUCGGCAACGAGGUUCCCGACCUAGGCGGCAGCACGUGUGACAUCCUCCCGGCCAUGCACAACGUGCACGACGCGUUGGCCAGGGCCGGCCUCGGCGGCAUCAAGGUCUCCACGGCGGUGAACUCGGGCGUCACAACCGGGUUCCCGCCAUCCCAAGGCACCUUCUCCGCCGGCCACAUGCCGCCCAUCGCGCAGUACCUCGCCAGCACCGGGGCGCCGCUGCUCGCCAACGUCUACCCCUAUUUCACUUACACGGCCACGCCCGGGAACGACCUCAACUACGCCCUCUUCACCUCGUCGGGCACGGUGGUGCAGGACUGGAACGGCCUCGGGUACCAGAACAUGUUCGACUCGCUCGUGGACACGUUCUACGCCGCCCUCGAGAGCGCCGGCGCUGGAAGCGUCACCAUCGUGGUGUCCGAGAGCGGGUGGCCCUCGGCCGGUGACACAGCGGCGACCCCGGGCAACGCGCAGACAUACAACCAGAACCUCAUCAAACACGUCGGGCAAGGAACGCCCAAGAGGCCGGGGGCGAUCGAGACGUACGUAUGCGCCAUGUUCAACGAGGACAAGAACACUGGGGCUGAGAUCGAGAAGCACUUCGGGCUGUUCUACCCGGACCAAUCACCAGUGUACUCCAUCAGCUUCUAA